AUGGCCGCGAUGCGGCUGGGGUCGCUUUCUCUUCCUGCGUCGGAGGAGGAGAGGAUGCGUGCGAGUAUCCAGAAAGAGCUUGAUAUGUACCUCCAGCCUGCGGAUCAUGUCCCCUCCAGCUCGUUUUUGCAGGAAAACAGUUUAAAGCACAGCACAACACGGGGCGACUACGCCCGCCGCCUCCAGCUGCGGCGCUCGAUGCCGUACUCGGACGAGUCGGAGGUGUCGGACGACGACCAGGCCGGGCGCAUGUUUUCCGAGUCGACCGGAAACCACACCCUGUUCCUCGCGACGCCGCGCGGCAAGGGCCAGCGCCAGGCGCGGCAUCCGCGCCCGCCGCUCAGCCGCUUCACAAAAGAGCACCUGAAUAUCUCGCGCAUCGCUCGCGUCGAGGACGCCGCCGACGAGGAGGCGCCGCCGAAGCGCGCACCGCCGAAGCGCACGCCGCCGAAGCGCGCGCCGAGCCCGCAGAGCAGCCGGCACUCGAGCGCCGAGACCAAGGUGAACAGCGACGAGGGCACGCCGCACGUCCCGGAAAACGUGCGCUGGGUCGAGCAGCAGCUGCGUGCGCUCACCUCCUAUAUCCACGACAUGGAGCAGAAGCUCGCGCAGGUCGGCUCGGGCGCUGCCGCCGACACGCUUGGGGAGCGCGUCGCACGGCUCGAGGGAGCGCUGCGUGCGCAAGAAGACGAGCUCAAGCAACUCUCGCACACGUUCUACGAGCACGAGGCGCAGUGCAUGCCGGGGCGCCUCGAGUCCGCCGUGCACCAGCUCGCUGCGCGUCUUGACCGGAUGGAGCCCCGCAGCCCUCGUGCCGAGCACCAAGCGCCACGCCCUGCUCCCACCGAGACAGUCGACGUGGACGCUAGCAUCGCGCGCCUCUACGACGAGCUCGCGCGCAUCUCGCACGCGCUGGGGCAGAUGCAGUCUGCGCAUGCCCCGCGUGGGACGCGGCCUGCUGCGCCCCUUACGCCGCCGUACGAGAAGGAACACAGCAUGUACGCGCCGCGCGUGCCCUCAAACGACCCUAUACCCCGUGCGCCUGCCGACGAUCUCGCGCCGGCGCACGAGCGGUACGAGCAAAUCUGCCGCAUGGUCGCCGACCUGAUGGGCCUCGCGCCGGGCGCCGAGCCGAGCUUCCGGCGCACGCGCAGGGACCGUACGCGCGCCAGCAUCAAGCAGCGCGAGGCGGCCGAGGUGUCUGCCGAAAUGCUGCUGCGCCGCCUGAACGAGGUUCCGGCGCCCCGCCUGUCGUCUGUCGAGCUGAGCGUGCUCGAGCAGGUCUUUGAUCAGCACUGCCGCGACUUUGUGCGGCAGCGGCAGAUCUACUCCGAGAUGGCCGACGACCUGAAGCGCCUCGAGCCGGGGAUGGACCGCAAAAUGCGCCGCGCCCUCACGCAGAGCGUCCACAACUCAAUCGACGCUCUCGAGGCCGAGGCGACGCGCCUGAACGAGCUCCAUGCGCACCUUGCGCGCCACGGCCGUACGGCGCGCUACGAUGUACAUGGUUCGUAA